CGUGAAAGUUAGUGUUUCCGGUGCGCACUUGAACGCAGCAGUAGCGUUUGCUGAACUCGUGUUGAGCAGAGCGCCGCCUCACUUCACCACCUCACCAACUCAGCGACUACAACAAUGAGUGUCUGAGCAAGCAUGUACCGGCUAGUUUGAAUUGAAGUUUACUUCAGUAAAACUGCCCCGUUAUAUUCACUAUAUGUGCUCAUCGGAGGUUUGUCCAAAGCACUGUUUUAAAUGGAGCUAGAGGACCAAUGGUGGAAAGGACAACUCGCUGCAGACAUUUAUCAGGCACUACGAUACAAAGAGCUCAAGUUACCGUCCUACAAAGGCCAGUCCCCUCAGCUCAACUUGAGACGAUACUUUGCCGACCUCAUCGCCAUCGUCAGCAACCGCUUCAGGCUGUGUCCUGCCGCCCGACACCUGGCCGUCUACCUGCUGGACCUCUUCAUGGACCGCUAUGACGUCUCGGUGCAGCAGCUCCACAUGGUCUCACUCUCAUGUCUUCUUUUGGCCAGUAAAUUUGAGGAAAGGGAGGACCGGGUGCCCAAGCUGGAGACCCUGAACAACCUGGGCUGCAUGAGCUCCAUGAACCUGGUCCUGACCAAGCAGGGUUUACUGCACAUGGAGCUGCUACUGCUGGAAACCUUCCAGUGGAACCUGUACCUCCCUACAGCCGCCCAUUUCAUAGAGUACUACCUAUCUAUUGCCGUCCAAGAGGGAGACCUGCAUGAUGGCUGGCCUAUGACCUGCAUGGACAAGACCAAACUAUACAUGGCCAAGUAUGCUGAUUACUUCCUGGAGGUUUCCUUGCAAGAUCAUGUGUUUCUGUGUUUCGCCCCCUCGCUGAUAUCUGCUGCGUGCGUGGCCACCUCCCGCCUCAUCCUCCACCUGUCCCCGACAUGGCCGCCCCGCCUGCAGCGCCUCACGGGCUACACGUGGGACAGCCUGGUCCCGUGUACCGAGAAACUACUCAUGGCACAUGACAGUGAUGUCAAAGAGGCCAACAAGCAGAAGUGCCAGCAGCCCGGCCAGCAGCAGCAGACGGUGUUCCACGGUUCAGGCCAGACAGCCACCGUGGCCCAGUACCUGCACCGGCCCAGCGUGCAGUUUCCCCCCCAGCAGGCUCCCCAGCCAGGCCUGGCUCCAAACCUCAGGCCCACCUCCUACCUCAGCCACUCCGCCGCCAGCCUGCAGCCUCCCAACGCCAACAACGCCCAGGCCAUCACCGCCUCACAGGAUCCAAAGUCCAGCAUUCCCAACAGGGCUUACCAAGUCAGCAUGCACUAUACCUGCGCCGCUCCGUGCUUCGACAGAUGAUGGAGUUUCAGGAUGUGGAGAGGAAGAGAUGAGAGAUGUGUCUCACUGAAGGAAGAAGUUUUUAAUUUGGAGAGACUUUAUGAGAUUGGUACAGCACUUUGAACCAACGUGCAAUAUGCGUACUGUAAUUUUCUGUGGAGAGCCUGCAUUAAGAUUAUUUUUGUUUUGUUUGAGAUAUAUUGGGUAUGAAUGUUGUUGUGAGGCGGCUAGAGGCAGAGUUUGCACCCACUAGUGUCACUGUAGAAUUUAGCUGCAGACCAAAAGUAUUUAUUUGAGCCAAAUUACCUCAGAAGUAUUGAAUGUUUAAAUACCUCACGCCUAUAGCCUUUAAGAUAUAAGGGCAGUUACAAAAAAUGACUUAUGUUAGUUUGUGGUUGAGAUUAGCGAACACAGUUUGUGUAGGUGUUCUGUACCUCGAACUUUUCUUUCUUUCUUUCUUUCUUUUUUUUUGAUGUCAUUUGUAAAACUAAGAAAAAAGAUGCUCCUCUAGAUGUCACAACUUAUUUGCAGAGAUAAUUGUUGCUCUUCUUCUAUACACAGAGAAUUCCAGUCAGUGCUGUGCACUUCUACGAUGAUAGUUUUAAAUAAAAUACAAAUCUGUGUUAGUUGAA